GGCUUCGGGGUCACCCCGCGGGCGCGGCUUGCUCUCGGGCGCACUUCCGGUCUUCUUGGACUUCCUUGGCCCCUCUGCUGGCAUCUGGACAUGUUGUGAUUUUAGGACUAGAAGCAGCAGCACAAUUCAAAGUCUGGCCCAAUUCCCCCGUCUUACUGAAGCAACCCGAACUCAGAUAUGUUUUAAUUUGUCCAAGGUCCCACAGUUCCUCACGGCCACAGCUGGCCCUCGUCCCCAGACUUUCAGUACAGGGCAUCAGUUUAUGUUGAAACCUUAUUAUUCCUCUGUCUAGCUAUUCCUUUGGACUCAGUGGAGAAGUUCAAAGGUGUAAAACUUUGAAGGAAAUGGAUUUAAUUAAAACUUCUCAGUCAGACUGUUACUGCUACAAUCAGAAUUCCCAAAUGAACUGGAAAUACGUGUGGUCAACUGUGCAGGUGAAAAUUACCAGUCCAGGCCUGCUCAGUAUUAUAUAUAUAACAGAAAGACAUAAUUGCCAGUAUCCAGAAACCAUUCUAUCUUUUAUCAAAUGCGUGAUUCAUAACUUCUGGACACCAAAGGAGUCUAAUGAAAUAACUAUAAUAAUCAAUCCUUAUCGGGAGACUAUGUGCUUCUCUGUGGAGCCUGCCAAGAAGAUAUUUAGCUAUACAAUAAGCAUGAGUCGAAAUAUUGUGGAUUUCAAACUCUUCCUUGUGUUUGUGGCAGGCAUUUUCCUUUUCUUUUAUGCAAAGACCCUGAGCCAAAACCCUAUUUUCUAUUAUUCUUCGGGGACCGUGCUAGGUCUUCUAAUGACAUCAGUCUUUGUCCUGCUAUUGGUGAAAAGAUAUAUUCCAAAGUAUAGCACCUUUUGGGCUCUAAUGGUUGGUUGUUGGUUUGCUUCAGUGUAUGUUUUGUGCCAGUUGAUGGACGAGCUGAAGUGGCUGUGGUAUGAAAACAGAAUAUAUAUAUUAGGCUAUGUUCUGAUAGUUGGAUUUUUCAGCUUUGCUGCCUGUUACAAACAUGGGCCCCUUGUGGACGACAAGAGCAGGUGUCUUCUGAUGUGGACACUGCAGCUCCUCUCCCUGGCCCUGGUCUAUGCCGGUGUGGCCAUGCCUCAGUUUGCCUGUGUGGCCGUGACCCUCCUCUUAUUCUCCAGGAGCCUGUGCUACCUGCUGAAAGCAUUCAGUUAUGUGAGGUGGAAAAUGAAGCAGUGGUUUACAUCAGAAAAGCUGGUGGUUACUUACCUUACUGAAGAUGAAUACAGGGAACAAGCUGACACUCAAACAACCAGCGCUCUGGAGGAACUGCGCCAAGCCUGCCGCAGACCCGACUUCCCAUCAUGGCUGGUCGUCUCCAGACUCCAGACUCCUAAGAAAUUUGCAGAUUUUGUUCUUGGAGAAAGCCACUUGUCACCUGAAGAAAUCAGUCUGCAUGAAGAACAAUAUGGCCUUGGGGGUGCCUUCUUGGAAGAGCAGCUCUUUAACCUGAGGACUGACACUCUACCUGCAAGUUGACUUCAUUGUGUACAAGGAAGUGGGUAAAGGGCAGGGAUCCUAUUAAAGUUGGGCAGAAACGUUCUUUCUAGUGAACAAUGACAAAAGCAUUUGCUGUCGAGAAAAAUAAGUCAUGAUGGAAAGGAAAAUUAACCUGUAUUGAAAACAAUUUACCAUUCUUGGAGAGUUCUGUUACUUUUGUGUACUGUAGGUGAGCACCAAGAUUCUGUGACAGAGUCAUUACCACUUUCCUUAAAUGAAGACUUUCAUUAGGAACAAGGGAAUCAUGUUCUUCAAAGUGCCAGUAAACAUGAACUGCUGCCUUGUCAACACCAGGGAAUGAAAUCCUUUCUUAAUCCUCUAAACCCACGUCAUAAGACUCUGCAUUACUCUUCCUAUAUUUCAUCAAUAUAAGUGCUUGAGGACACCUGGAAUAUGCUGGACCAGUGUUUUCUGAAGCGUCCGUAGUCCACAGUAUACCCAUAAGUGUGAGUCAGUAAGGGGAUCCUGAGAUUGACUAAGAUUGGUACAAAGUUAAACAAAUUUACUUUAGGACUUCUCAGUGCCUUUACUGAUGCUAAUGCACAUUGUGAAUCUCCUAAAGGGGAAUUGUGUGCAGUGGUUUCUGACUUAAUUUGACCACAGAACCCUUUUUCAUGUGAUGAAUAUUCCUUGGAACACAUGUUUGGAAAAUGCUAAUGAUGGUGGAAUUGAGGUUUGGGGAGGUUAAAUAACUUGUGCACCACCACCGAGCUAAUAUAUUUAGAGGCAGCACUGGCAGAACUCCAGCCCUCGCUAGCAUGUCCUCUGACUCAGGUUGAAGAAGAGAUCUCUAGAUGCAAGCUGAGGAGCCAACUUCCUACAGCUUUGGGUCUCAUGAUGUUGGUGACUUUUUUUAUUUUUUAAUAAUGGCCAACUAGCCACUUAAUAACUGUGAUAAAGAGAAACAUUUUUUAAGAUUAUAUUUUAAAGUUUUGAUUUUUAUAUACAUACAUGUCUUUUUUUAUAUUUUGAAAUUGAAGGUCUUUAACCUCUUAAUGACAUUUUCAGAGUUGACUGAUCCAUUUUUAAAAGUUGUUUAGCUAUAUAUGCUUUUAAUAAAUUUUUACAAAACAGAUUUGUGAUCUUUUUUACAGAGAGAAAAUAUGUUUUUCUUAAUUCGUGAUGUUAAACUCUGGAGUGAAAUGAGGGACUGUGAGCUGUGACCCUGAGGAGAGGAGGCCAAAACAGAGAUCUGAGAAAAGAUUUGGACAUGGCAGAAACAUUCAGAGGGUUAAAGAUGUUGCUAAAUUGAUUCUUUUUGACAGUCAAACUCAGUCUUUUUUGCUGUGACGGGAUCAGAAAGAAUGAGGAAUCCUAGCACUCUGAGAUGCCAAGGUGGGAGGAUCGCUUGAGCUCAGGAGUUUGAGGCUGCAGUGAGCUAUGAUGAUGCACUGCACUCUACCCGGGGUGAUAGACAGAGCCAGAUUCUGUCUCCAAGAAAAAAGAGCCAUCCACUUUUAUCAAGAGAAGGGUUAUGGAGGAGGGACAUAUAGCGAUUUUGUCACUGUUGCUGUCCUGAGCCAAAUUUAGUAAAGUUUUUCUGUACUGUUAAAUAAGAGCAUGGCUACCCAUUUGGAACUUUCUAGAUUGAAUUUCAAAUGAUGUUUCCUCAUGGAAGCUAUAAGUCAUUGUUUUUGCCAGACAUCUUUUAAUAUUUAGAGCUUUUUUUUUUUUUCUGGUACAAUUCACUAAAUUCAAUCUGUCCCUUUAUAUAGACUUUGAUUUAAAAUCAAAGAACAUAUCUUCCAUUCAGAUUUAUUAUGAUAACUAUUUUACAAUUAUAAACAGAAGUUCUAACAUCAUUUAUGUUAUAGUUUAAUCUGAUUUUUAUUGGUAAUAUAUUAUAAAUAUAUCAGAUAUAUCCAUGCUUGUGCUCACCAAGUUCAUCUGCAAAGAGGCAGUUUGUGUAGUACAAAAAACAUGUAUGAGUAACACAUGAACAGUCUGCUGGAGUAGCCAGGGACAUCCCAGUCAGGACAGCCACUGGGCUUUACUGAGCCCCAGGGUAAAGACAUGCUGCAGGUAGAAGGAAGCAACUCCUAGUGGGCCAGCUAGCCAGUGUAACCAUCACGAUAAAAACAGCUGACGAGAGAAAAAGAAAAACAGACUUCCACGACAUUGUUUCUCAUGUUUAUUUUUAGAGGAAAUCAUGGAUUUGUCAGUUUCUGUUAUGUGAGUACUGUAAGAAGCUAAACAAUUAAAAGCAUUACUUGUGAUAU